AUCCAAAUCCAUGCAUGUUCCAGUUUAUUUUUCUCACUAACCGCGUGAGCAAGACUUCGUGCUCGGCCGAGUCCACUCCACUCGCCGCUCGACGACACGACCACCAUAAAAGCUCGUCGUCGAAGUGGAGUGGAGGGGCCGGGGCGGCACAGCGAGCGCUCGACGACGACCGGAGAAGCGACGACGAAGCUACCUACCGUCGUCGGGGAGGAGUAACGAGAGCUCUGCGGCAUCGGCGACAAUCCAUCCAUCCAUCCAUCCAUCCCGGUUUCAGGUGGCGCGCGCGGCCGGCGAGCGACGAGCCGACGGCAUGAACCCGAAACGUGCGCCGCCGCCGGCACCGGCGCACGGCGCGCCGCCGCCGAAGCGCCUGCAGAUCGACGCGUUCCGGAGCGGCGCCGAGGCGUUCGCGCAACAGGCGCCGACGUCGUCUCCGGUGAAGCGGCAGCUCCGGCGGGGCAUGCUCGUGCUCUUCUUCGUGUCCGCCGCGCAAGUGAAGGAAGAGCGGAGGAACAAGAACAAGAACAACGCGCGCCCUGCUCGAGUGGCGAUACAUGAAGAGAGUUCUACUUCACAGAGAAAGGCACCCGAGGAUGAUGCCUUUCAGAGAGGCAUUAUGAAAGCAUUUGAUAAUGCCCUUCAGAAACAUCUUAAUCCUAUCUAUUGCUCUCUUCAACACCUUACCAAGCAGACUGGGACUCUUUCUGAGCGAAUUGAUACUGUCAGCCAUGAAGUGGAAGUUACUUGGUCGAGUAAAAUUAAAACUGCAAAGUGUUUGCUUACAUUUUAUUAUGAUGAAAAAAAAAUGUUUGCCUGAGACAAACUUGCAGGGACAAAUAAAAAAGUUAAUUUCUAACCGUGAUGCUAAUGAGCGCUACAGGUAUGGUCUUUGUAACUAUUGAGAAUAUGCAUCUCUGACUUCUGUUAUUUCCAGUAUGCAAUCUUACAUAUCAAUGUCUCACACACACUUAGGUUCUUCCUAUUGUGCUGAUCAGUUCUUAUCAAUCACUUGAAGUGACUUCUGAAUUACUGUCAACUGUGUAUUGAUGGCACUAUAUAUUUAUAGUGAUGUUCGUUUCAUGAUGUUGUGUAUUACAGUUGUGAAUUUCAGACAAUUUAAAGUACUGCCAGAUGUUAGUAUGAGACUAUAGUUAAUACACAAUGGUGUUUCAUACUAUUUAUGUCUGUAUUGUAGAUCAGAGGUAAAUCAAGAGAAUGCUGCUGUCACUGAGGAAGUGAAUCAAGAACAAACAGCUCUCAGAUUUGCCGCAAAUGAAGUUCACGAGGAUCAAGGAGUUGAGUUGAGGUUCCUCAAUAAGCUGAAAGACCAUCUUGUUUAUACAAAUGACAAAAUUACAGCAGAGGAUGGUACAGCUAUCAAAAUUGCCAUAUUUAGGGAUAAUAAGAUAGUUACUGCCGGCCAACUUUCUUCAGCAAGAAUUGAAAUUUUUUUUUUGAACGACUCGCACGAGACGGUGCGAAGUUCUAUUGAUAGAGCAGGAAAAAAUUACAAGGUUACAACCCUGGAGAGUCGUAACCAGGAAAAAGGAAAAAAUAAACCACCACCCACACGGCGACAACGCCAUCACACAAGCCCAGGAGAAGGCUAACACUGGACCGGCCGCCGCUAAGCGUGACCGACCGCCACUAGGCCAACAAAGGGACACAGACAAGGUCACCAGAGGGGUGAGACAGCACGACAACGCUCUCAGGAGGGGGGAUAACCAUCGUUGUCGGUCCGACCAAGGCCGGACUGGGUUUUCACCCGCCGCUCGCCACUUGCGAAACCACGCCUGACGCACCGAUGCUCCACCACCACACAAGCUUUGCCGACAUGUGGGACCCCUGCACCGGCGUCCCCCGCCGGCCAGUCUU